CUCAGGACUCGGGUCACCGGAAGCGCCGGCCGUGACCGCCGGAAGCGGUUGUCCCGGGACAAGAUGGCGGGCCGCUUGGAUGCUCCGGAGCUGCCGGAUUUCGACAUCUUGAAAAGACUGGCCCGGGAUCAACUCGUCUAUUUACUGGAGCAGGAAUUUCCAUGUUGCCAGUUGCCGGGAAAGAAGGAUUUGUUUAUUGAAGCUGAUCUGAUGAGCCCUCUGGAUCGCAUCGCGAAUGUCUCCAUCCUGAAGCAACAUGAUGUAGAGAAGUUGUACAAAUUGGAAAAUAAAAUGGUUCAGGGAGUGAGUGACCAACUGUGUUUCCUGGUCCGACCUCGGAUAGCCAGUGUGAAGCAUGUUGCAGAAAUCGUCAACGCAGACAAAGCUAGUGCAAGGCUGCGCAAAUACAAAAUCAUAUUCACUCCCCAAAAGUUCUUCAUGUGUGAGACUGUGCUUGAGGAGGAGGGGAUCUUUGGAGACGUAACCUUUGAUGAGUGGGCCUUUUACCUGUUGCCUUUGGAUGAUGACAUCAUCAGCAUGGAGUUGCCUGAGUUUUUCCGUGACUAUUUUUUGGAGGGUGACCAUCGAUGGAUCUGUACGGUGGCAAAGGCUCUACACUUGUUGUACUCCCUGUUUGGACCUUUCAUAAAGACGUACGGAAUUGGCAGAUGUGCGAAGAUGACCUAUGAGCUCUGGAAGGAGAUGGUGGAGGAUUCAGAGAAUGAAAUUAAACCACGUCAGGCUGAGAUUGGUCGAGUUUUCUUUCUCGACCGAGAUGUGGAUUAUGUGACUCCCAUGUGUUCUCAAGUUGUAUAUGAAGGACUUGUGGAUGAUGUGUUCAGAAUAAAAUGCGGAAGUGUGGACUUUGGCUCAGAAGUGACUUCGUUGAAUAAAAGUGUGAAAGUGUUGCUGAACUCUCAGGAUAAGGUUUUCAAAGAGAUUCGGAAUGAGCAUUUCUCCAAUGUAUUCGGUUUCUUAAGUCAGAAAGCAAGAAGGCUUCAGACACAGUAUGAUAAACGCCAAGGGAUGGACAUUAAACAGAUGAAGGAUUUUGUAUCUCAGGAAUUAAAGAACUUAAAGCAAGAGCAUCGAUUAUUGAGUCUUCAUAUUGGAGCAUGUGAGUCAAUUAUGAAGAAGAAAACGAAACAAGACUUUCAGGAGCUGCUGAAGUCUGAACAUGCGCUAUUAGAGGGAUUUGAGAUCCGAGAGAGCACCAACUGUGUUGAGGAGCACAUUAACCGGCAGAUUUCGCCACUUGAGAGUCUUCGACUGAUGUGUCUCCUUUCACAGACAGAAAAUGGAUUGAUUUCUAAGGAUUAUCGGUCAUUGAAAACUCAGUAUUUGCAGAGUUAUGGUUAUGAUCACAUCCUUACGUUCGCCAACCUGAAACAAAUUGGACUGUUAACAGAACAACAGCCUGGAGAGACAUUGACUGCAGUGGAGAGCACCAUGGGAAAGCUUGUGACGGACAAAGCAGUCGGGAAAUUGACUGAUGCCUUUUCAUCUCUGGCCAGGAAAAGUCAUUUCAGAGCUUUGAGCAAACGACUGAAUCUGAUACCCCGCACUGAAGAAGAGUAUGAUUUGAAGGUUCCACGGGAUAUGGCCUAUGUAUUCAGUGGUGCAUACAUUCCAUUGAGCUGCAAGAUUAUAGAACAGGUGCUAGAGCGUGACAGCUGGGCAGGAAUGGAGGAGGUGUCACGAUUACUAAACAACAAUGAAUUUAUCACUAUAGAAAGAUCCAUGGACGCAGGGUAUUCUUGCAAUGCGCAACGAGUCAUUCUUGUGGUGUUUCUUGGAGGCUGCACUUUUUCAGAAAUUGCAGCGCUAAGGUUCCUGGGUAAAGAGAAAGGAUUCAAGUUUGUUUUUGUUACCACAGCAAUCACAAACAGUUUUCGGAUGCUGGAAUCUCUGUUAGAAUCAUAAAAAUGGAGCAGUGUCGUCAAUAUUAGAACUACAGAGCGAUGAAACAAAAUUAAACCUAACAGUAGACCCAAGAGAGGAAUUUGCAUUAAUCUCACUGUAAAUUAACUGACUGAAGUCUAAUGGUGAAACACAGGAAUCAUCAACAUCGAACAAAACCAUGGCCACAUUCUGAGAUUUAAACCUUUUCCUGUGCUCAAAGUUUUUUGAGGUACUUAGCCUAUAAAAUGGCUAUACACAAAAUAUGAUUUGUGAACUGGGUCUGUCGAAAUCAAUCUCAUGAUUGCUCGGGCAAAGGAACUUGACUGUGGGGAUAACUUUGAUUUGGGGAAGGUCAGAAUGGGUUCUAGCUUAAGAGGAAGAAGUAAAGAAUGUUUAACACAUUUGCCUGGGCAAGAGUUGAAUUCACGUUGCAUUGCAUCAGUUUUGAGUUUGGAGAUUAGAGGGGAAGAACUUGGUUUUAUGCAACGCCUUUCAUGUACCUGAAGCUUUUAUUUUUACAGCUAAUCACCUACUUUCAAAGUCUAAUUACUUGCUGCUGAGAGGAUAUGGCAGUUAGUUUGUGUAGUAAGCUCCCACAAACAGCAACAAGAUCAUACCAAAAUAAUCUGACCUGGUAUUGGGAAUUCUGCAUUAGAUUCACUUCUCCCCAUGACUAGCCCUCAGACAGCCAAGAACGUAAACCUUGUUCGUUAGUCUCCCAUUCAGACCCAACCAGUUUGAGUGAAAUAUAUUUGGAAAACCAGAAUUAGAUUUCUUAAGGAAUUGUUAAAUAUUAAAAUUGAGAGUCUUGACAGAAACAGAAGCUGUAUUAAUAAAAGUAGCAAUGUCCAGCAGCUGCAUCUGAAGAACAAAUAAAAAUUCAUGUUUUGCAUUGGGUGUCUGACAAAGGAUUGGAAAUGGAACAUUCAGCAUUUUCUUUUGAAAUUGGAUAUGAGAUUUGAAACUUCUUUAUUGUGAGGAAAUGUUUCUGCACAAGAGCAAAACUAUGGUUCUGUGAAUUGUGGAGAGUUAAUUUUAAUUCAUUUUUAUGAUAUGCCAAAAAUGCAUGAUCUGUCGGGCUGGAACUAUUCUGCCCUGAAAACACAUGGAACCUCUGUAAAUACCUGUGAUUUGUGUUUGAAGGAACGCAUUUAAUUCAAAGACUCUAAAGUUUAAAAUGUUCAACUAAAGUAUAUUUUAGAUCUUGAACUUUAUCCUCUACUGUCUCAAAAGCACUAAUUCCUGGAUUUUGACCUCUGGUUCCUCGAUAAGUUGAUAUGGGGGCCUGUUAAUGGCAAACAUCAAGUAUGAUAAUUUGAGGGGUGUAAGUGAAAAGAAUUUAGCAAAGCCUGAUAAACACCUGUCUGCACUCAUUUUACAUAGGAUUGGUGAGACAUAGUAGCAGACAGCCUGACUUUUUUCCUUUCCUGUGUCCUAGGGUGUUUGACAUCAAUGGGAAUCUCCUCAGAUAAUGUCCUGACUUUGACCAGGUUACUCAGGGCAGUUUGAACAUGAAAACUGGCUGAUUGUGUUACAGAAAACCACAAAGGGAGAGGUUGUUUGUUCCAUUUCACUGGUACUCUUCAACUGAAGCACUUCCCUUUUAAUUUAAUUUUCCUGCCCCUUGUACAGUAUAUAUUUUUACAUUCCUCUGUUUACAAGUUCUGUGUAAUUUACUUUAAUGUGGUAUAAUUGUAGGUACUUUAGUAACUAAUGUCUGAAAGCCUUUUUGAGUUGGACUGUUGCAGUUCCUGGCAAAAUCUUCAAGUAUGUAACAUUUAUUACUAGUAAUAUUUGAAAGUUUUGGUUAUUGAGGAUGUGAAAUUUCACCUGUACUGUGAAGAUGUGCACUGUACAUAAUGUGUUUGUGUACAUAAUGUAUAAUAAAUUUAUUUUUAAAAGUGCA